UAUGUGAGAACGUGAUAACAUGUGUAUGUAUGAGACCACGUCUGUGUGCAUGUGCACAUGGAAGUGUACAUGUGUAUGUGUGUGUAUUUGUGUUGCUGUGUGUGUGAGCAUGUGUGCAUGUAUAUGUGAAUGUAGACAUGUGUGAGAGCACAUGUACGUGAGUGUAUGUGGGCACAUGGGAGUGCAUGUGUGUGUGUCAUCAUUGUGAGGUGUGUGAGAGUGAUGACAUGCAUGUAUAAGAGCACACCUGUGUGUGCAUGUGCAUAUGAAGUAUAUGUGUGCAUGCAUGUGUGUGCAUGCACAUGUGUGUGCACGUGAGGCUGUUGCAUGUGCUCCAUGUGCUCGUGCGUGUGUCUGUCACCUGCUUCCCAUUCCCGGCAUCUGUCUGUGCCGGUCCCUUAGUGAGUCGAGCGUCCCUGGCACUUUCCGUUGCCUGGGAGCAGAGUGAGACCGCGUGCUGGCGAGGUGCUGGCGGCGUGUCCCUGCGCAGGCUGUCAUCAGCACCAGGGCCCACUGGGUCACGAUGAGCCUAGGACCACCAGCCCUGGCUCCUGCCCAGGCCCGCUUUCCCACGCAGCGAAGGGCCAUUGGUCCUGCAGCGUCUGGAACCCUCACCUGGCCACCCCUGCGAGUUCCCAAAUCUUUUCUGUGUUCCCAAGGUCAUCUUCGCCUCUCUGAACCGUGGGGCUGAUGGGUGAGGGUGGGGAGCAUUGCUGUCCUGCUGGGGUGGGGACUCACCUGUGCAGGUGGGCUCUGGCCUGCAGGUGCCCUGGGCCUCAUCUGUUCACGGGCAGUGUCUGCCGGCUCCCCGAGGAGGAGCCUCGUGGAGGAGGGGAAGUGGGACUGAUGUCACGUGGUGUGUGUUGGGGACCCCAGCACUGGGGUGACUGUGCCUCCACCUCUGCACCCCCUCCCGCGGGCCGAGGACAGACACGGCCUGAGCGUGACAUCAGCUAGAGCAACGGGCAUCUUUUCGGUGCGGGAGGCAGAGGGCGGCCUCUGGGUAACUGGCGAGGGGACCCAGCUUCUCCCCCAGGCAGGUGCAUGCCCAGGGCAGACCCCUUCCCUGCCCUGCCCUCCCCAUCCCCCGAGAAUGCAAGUGCGCAUGUCUCAGCCGCAGGGUGGCCGUCUCGGCCGUGGGCAGCUCUUGCUCAAUGUCCCUCUGUUUUCUCCCGGAAUGUGCUACUGUCGCGCCCAGAACUUGCUGUCCCAAGCACAGUCUCACUUCGUCAGCUCGUGCCUCCGGGGACCCCACUUGCUUUCAUUUGCUCAGUUGCUGGAUUUUAGGGCACACGCAGCUGCAGAGUGUGGAGGUCAGGACAAGGGUCAGGGGUCAUUGGUUGACCCUCACGGGCUUGGAAGUUUAUUCCACUUCAAACUAACUGGUGCCAGAAGUGGCUUUACGGGGUGCUCCUGGGCCCCGUGGGGGGCCUGCAGGCAGGGUGGCAUCCCUGCCAGCCGUUUGUCCUCUGCCCCAGGCCUGGAGUGCAGACAGCCCCUGGAGACCUUCCUUCCCUGGAGGUCUCCCAUGCUGGGGGUGGGGGGCAGACCCCACCCUUGCAGGCAGGCCCGGGCGCUGGCUGCUGGGCCCUAACGCAGCUCACGGCCCUGCCUGGCUCAGCCGGCUCCCCUUGCUCCUCCGCAGCCGUUUGCGGGAAUGGCCAGGACAUCUGAGGGCCAAGCCCAGGAGGGAAGAGACCGUGCCCAGAGACAGGGCGAUGCAGGCCCUGUGACCUGACCAAGGCUUGGGGGCCUGCCUGCUCCAGGACACCGCCUGGGGGGCGCUUUCCAUGCCUGGCCAUGUCAUGGCCCCCGGUCACGGGCAGGACAGCAGGCCUGGGUCUGCCUGGUGGGCCUUGCCGUGAGCUGGGCGACCGCAGCUGAAUUCCAGACCCCACCUGCUUGUCUGGUCUGUGGUCAGAGGGGCCAUCCUCGUCCCACUGCCAGGAUGCUUGCCAUGUACACCUGCAGCCUGCACAGCUCACCUGCAGCCUGCACAGCUCACCUGCAGCCUGCACAGCUCACCUGCAGCCUGCACAGCUCACCUGCAGCUCACACAGCUCACCUGCAGCCUGCAUAACUCAUCUGCAACCUGCACAUCUCACCUACAGCUCCCACAGCUCACCUGCAGCCUGCAUAACUCAUCUGCAGGUCGCUCGCACAGCUCACCUGCAGCUCGCACAGCUCACCCACAGCUUGCACAGCUCACCUGCAGCUCACAACUCACCUGCAGCUCCCACAGCUCACCUGCAGCUCACAACUCACCUUUAACUCACACAGCUCACCUGCAGCCUGCAUAACUCACCUGCAGGUCGCUCACACAGCUCACCCACAGCUUGCACAGCUCACCUGCAGCUCACAACUCACCUUUAGCUCGCACAGCUCACCUGCAGCCUGCAUAACUCACCUGCAGGUCACUCACACAGCUCACCCACAGCUUGCACAGCUCACCUGCAGCUCAUGACUCACUUUCAGCUCCCACAGCUCACCUGCAGCUCCCACAGCUCACCUGCAGCUCACAACUCACCUGCAGCUCAUACAGCUCUUCUGCAGCUCCCAACUCACCUACAGCUCACAGCUCACAGCUCACCUAUAGCUCAUACAGCUCAUCUGCAGCUCACACAACUCACCUGUAGCUCACACAGCUCACAGCACACCUGCACCUCACCCAGUUCACCUGUAGCUCAUAAUCACCUGCAACUCACACAGCUCACCUGCAGCUCACCUUCCCUUCUGGAGAGGGGACAGCCCUGGCACGGGCUUGGCCGGGAGGAGUCACAGUCCUGGCUGACAGCAAGGUGAGCCUGUGCUUCACAGGGACAAGAGAUGUGGGAAGAACCAGGCUGAGGCAGAGGCCAGAGGUGGCCCGUGCGGCUGAGGGUCUCAGCAGGGAGGAAGACAGGGGCCGCUCUCAGCGCUGGCAGCGUUGGUGGGCCCAGCGAGCAGGGCGCAUCUGUCCAAACCCAGCACACGCGCGUCCCCUCGCCCAGGCCGAGUCUCAUAGAAGAGAAACUAAACCCCGUGGGCUCUGCUGGGGGCUGUCCUGCAGUGUCCCAGGGAGGGGUGGCAGCUGUGGGGGACACGCACCUGACCUUGGCCAGUUAGCCCUGCGCUCCUGGGUGCUGCAUGUCCGUCCACUCUGCGUACGCUGGAUCCUGUUUGGGAAUAAAAGGAAAAGGCGGAAAAUGCGAGUCUCUGGCCAGUCCCCCAGGCCAGAGCAGGGCCCCCAGCCUUCACAGGCAGAGGGGACGGCUGGGCACCCCCCGCCCACCCGCAGAGCCCGGAGCUCUUGAGCUGCGGCGUCUGACGCGGGGUGUUCGCAGAGAGCUCCCCGCGAGGCCCGGGCGUGGCUGGGCCUGCUGACUAGACGCUGCUGGUCGUCCGGGCGUGCCCGGCGUGGUGAGGUUGGACGGGCCUGGCGCUCGCUGUCCACCGUCCUCAGUCGUGGUGGGUCGUCGCCUCUGUAACGCAGGACGAACAGGUGUAAAGAGCAUUUCUGUAACAGGAGAUGGCAGCCCGAGAGAGAGUGUGCCGUUCGUUAACAAUGUCGAGAUGGAGAGAGAGAGCUUCUUCGAGGGGAAGAACAUGGCGCUUUUCGAGGAGGAGAUGGAUAGCAACCCCAUGGUGUCCUCACUGCUCAACAAGCUGGCCAACUACACCAACCUCAGCCAGGGCGUGGUGGAGCACGAGCAGGCGGAGGAGAGCCGGCGCCGCGCCGCACAGACGCCGCGCAUGGGCACCUUCAUCGGCGUCUACCUGCCCUGCCUGCAGAACAUCCUGGGCGUGAUCCUCUUCCUGCGCCUCACCUGGAUCGUGGGGGCGGCCGGCAUCCUGGAGUCCUUCCUCAUCGUGGCCGUGUGCUGCUCCUGCACGCUGCUGACCGCCAUUUCCAUGAGCGCGAUCGCAACCAAUGGCGUCGUCCCAGCCGGCGGCUCCUACUACAUGAUCUCCCGGUCGCUGGGGCCGGAGUUCGGAGGCGCAGUCGGCCUCUGCUUCUACCUGGGCACGACCUUCGCGGGCGCCAUGUACAUUCUGGGGACCAUCGAGAUUUUUCUGACCUACAUCUCGCCCGGCGCGGCCAUCUUCCAGGCGGAGACGGCGGCGGACGAGGCGGCGGCCAUGCUGCACAACAUGCGCGUGUACGGCACCUGCACGCUGGCGCUCAUGGCCGUGGUGGUCUUCGUGGGCGUCAAGUACGUGAACAAGCUGGCCCUGGUGUUCCUGGCCUGCGUGGUGCUGUCCAUCCUGGCCAUCUACGCCGGCGUCAUCAAGACGGCCUUCGACCCCCCGGACAUCCCGGUCUGCCUCCUGGGGAACCGCACGCUCGCGCGGCGCGGCUUCGACGUCUGCGCCAAGGUGCACGAGGGCAGCAACGGCUCGGCCACCACCGCGCUCUGGGGCCUCUUCUGCAACGGCUCCCAGCCCAGCGCCUCCUGCGACGAGUACUUUGCCCAGAACAACGUCUCCGAGAUGCAGGCCAUCCCCGGCGUGGCCAGCGGCGUCUUCCUGGAGAACCUGUGGAGCGCGUACGCGGACAAGGGGGCGUACGUGGAGAAGAAGGGCGUGCCCGCCGUGCCCGCGCCCGAGGAGAGCCGCGACAGCCGGCUGCCCUACGUGCUGUCGGACAUAACCACCUAUCUGACCCUGCUGGUCGGCAUCUACUUCCCCUCCGUGACCGGUAUCAUGGCGGGCUCAAACCGCUCCGGGGACCUCAAGGACGCCCAGAAGUCCAUCCCCACGGGGACCAUCAUGGCCAUAGUGACCACGUCCUUCAUCUAUCUCUCCUGCAUCGUGCUGUUCGGGGCCUGCAUCGAGGGCGUGGUCUUGCGAGAUAAGUUCGGGGAGGCGCUGCAGGGGAACCUGGUCAUCGGCGUGCUGGCCUGGCCCUCGCCCUGGGUCAUCGUCAUCGGCUCCUUCUUCUCCACCUGCGGCGCCGGGCUGCAGAGCCUCACGGGGGCGCCCCGCCUGCUGCAGGCCAUCGCCCGUGACGGCAUCGUGCCCUUCCUCCAGGUGUUCGGCCACGGAAAGGCCAACGGGGAGCCCACCUGGGCCCUGCUGCUCACGGCCCUCAUCUGCGAGACGGGCGUCCUCAUCGCCUCCCUGGACAGCGUGGCCCCGAUCCUGUCCAUGUUCUUCCUCAUGUGCUACAUGUUCGUGAACCUGGCCUGCGCCGUGCAGACCCUGCUGCGCACUCCCAACUGGCGCCCACGCUUCAAGUACUACCACUGGACUCUGUCCUUCCUGGGCAUGAGCCUGUGCCUGGCGCUGAUGUUCGUCUGCUCCUGGUACUACGCGCUGUUCGCCAUGCUGGUCGCCGGCUGCAUCUACAAGUACAUCGAGUACCGCGGGGCGGAGAAGGAGUGGGGCGACGGCAUCCGGGGCCUGUCGCUGAACGCCGCCCGCUACGCCCUGCUGCGCGUGGAACACGGGCCCCCCCACACCAAGAACUGGAGGCCGCAGGUGCUGGUGCUGCUGAACCUGGACGAGGAGCAGCAGGUCAAGCACCCCCGGCUGCUGUCCUUCGCCUCGCAGCUGAAGGCCGGCAAGGGCCUGACCAUCGUGGGCUCGGUGCUGGAGGGGACUUACCUGGACAAGCACUCGGAGGCGCAGCGGGCCGAGGAGAACAUCCGGUCCCUGAUGGGCGUGGAGAGGACCAAAGGCUUCUGCCAGCUGGUGGUCUCCUCCAACCUGCGGGACGGCACCUCCCACCUGAUCCAGUCGGCCGGCCUGGGCGCCAUGAAGCACAACACGGUGCUCAUGGCCUGGCCGGGGUCCUGGAAGCAGGAGGACAACCCUUUCUCCUGGAAGAACUUCGUGGACACCGUCCGCGACGCCACCGCGGCACAGCAGGCCCUGCUGGUGGCCAAAAACGUGGACCUGUUUCCGCAAAACCAGGAGCGCUUAGGCGGCGGGAACAUUGACGUGUGGUGGGUCGUGCACGAUGGCGGGAUGCUCAUGCUGCUGCCCUUCCUGCUGCGGCAGCACAAGGUGUGGCGCAAGUGCCGGAUGCGCAUCUUCACGGUGGCGCAGGAGGCCGACAACAGCAUCCAGAUGAAGCGGGAACUGCAGACGUUCCUGUACCACCUGCGCAUCAGCGCCGAGGUCGAGGUGGUGGAGAUGGUUGAGAACGACAUCUCCGCGUUCACCUACGAGAAGACACUGGUGAUGGAGCAGCGGUCGCAGAUGCUCAAGCAGAUGCAGCUGUCCAAGACCGAGCGCGAGAGGGAGGCCCAGCUAAUCCACGACAGGAACACGGCAUCUCAUGCCGCCGCGGCCACCAAGGCCCAGGCCCCGCCCACGCCGGACAAGGUGCAAAUGACGUGGACCAGGGAGAAGCUGAUCGCUGAGAGGUGCAAGAACAGAGACGCCAGUGUGUCCGGGUUCAAAGACCUCUUCAGCCUGAAACCGGACCAGUCCAACGUGCGACGCAUGCACACGGCCGUGAAGCUCAACGACGUCGUCCUCACCAAGUCCCAGGACGCCCAGCUGGUGCUGCUCAACAUGCCGGGGCCGCCCCGAAACCGGCACGGCGACGAGAACUACAUGGAGUUCCUCGAGGUCCUGACCGAGGGCCUGAACCGGGUCCUGCUGGUCCGCGGCGGUGGCCGCGAGGUGAUCACCAUCUACUCCUAGCGCCGGGCAGCACCGGGCGCCGGGACGCACAGCCAGCGACGCCGGCCUGACCUGUCCCCCGGAAGUUUCUAGACCCAUCACCUGGGGUUUCCCAUCCCCCACAGCCCCUCAGGACAGGACAGGAGAGGGCGUGACUGGGAGGCUCCCUCGCGCCCCACGGGGGCUGCCGUGGACUCUGCCCUCCGCGCCUGGACGCGCCUCCCCCAGCGGGGCGGCAGCCACGCUCCGUGCCCGCCGUGCAGAGCGUCCUGGGAAGGCCACCUGCGCCGAUGCCGCCCACUGGGUGAUGGAGGCAACGCCAGCCAUGGCCACGAUCCGCGCAGCCUCCUCUACCGGCCUCCUGCUCUGCGCCCCUCGCGCGCGUCUCUGCGACUAGAGGCCGCGAGCAGAAGUUUCCGUCCAUGCUCCACGCGGGGCUCUCCAGGACGUGGCGGGUCGUAUGUCACUGGGCGUGUUCUGGUCCCCGCCGUGUCCCUGUUUGAGCCGUCCCUGGUCUGCGCCCCUUGGGAGUCCAGCCGCGUCUCUCCCAAGCAUGGACAGGCCCGCCCUGGGCGCACUCUGGAGCAGCUGCGCCUGCGCAGGUGAACGGCGCGGGACCCAGAGCGCCCUCCACAUCCCGACGGGGAGCCGGGGUCAGCAGGUCCCGCGGCGCCAGCAUGGCGCGUUCCGGGUCCCUGCCUUGCGCGUGCGCCCUGGAGCGGCUGCACCUGCGCAGGUGAAAGUGCGGAACCCAGACGUCCCCCCACACCCCCGACGGGGAGCCGUGGACGGCAGGUCCCGCGGCGCCGGCAUGGCGCGUCCCGGGUCCCUGCUCUGCGCGUGCGCCCUGCCCGGAGGCCCCAGCGCUGUUUGCACUUUGCCUCCAUCUUUCUGCUUCAAGGGUCAGGACGGCGUCCCCGCUGCAGGUCGCGGCGGGACCUGGCCUCCGCCCCUGGCGGCGUAUUUAUUUAUUUGCACACCUGGGGGAGCGUCCAUGGGGCCUCGUGAUCCACAGAGAGGUCCCGCCCUGCACAGAGCCGAGGUGGGGACCUAGACCGGAGCCUGCUCCCGGGGCGUACCCCGGUGGCAGCCAAGCCCGCCUGCGUCUGGGCGGGGCCUGCGUGUGGCCCCGAGGGCCCACGUCCGUGGAGGGCGUGGCGUUAGCGCUGGCUGGCGGUGGGGACAGCUGGGGACGGCCACCGUGACCGGAGGCUCCUGCUGGUGGCCGACCCCUCAACUUGCACUGCGGGGUUGGCGUGUGCAGCCCUUGUCCGCGCCGGCCCCUCCCACGCCACGGCAAACACGUGACCCGUGGCCACUGAUGCCGUGGUUCCCUUUUACAGGCUCCCUGUCUUUGUAUUAUCUCGUCAGUAGAAUAAAACCCUGUGAAUUUGAGCGUG